UUCGCCAGCGCUGCCCGGGCUCCGGAGCCCGCCGUGGCUACUGAGUUCGGGAGCGGAGAGGUGAUUUUGGUUUGGUUUUUCAUUCCCCAAAAGCAAAUGGCUGGCCGAAGCGCAUAACCCUCUCCGCCCCAUUCGGGAUUUGCAUUCAGAUUAUUAUUAUUUUUUUUUCUUGGACCCUGGGACCCGCGAUCAUCAUGCGGUGAUGUAUGCCACCCUGGCAGGACUAGGAAUUACCCCUGGCCGUGCUCAGGGGACCAUAUGGAAUGCUGGGAUUUGAACCCUGGUCGGCUGCAUGCAAGACCUCCUACACCAUCUGGACCCCACUGCAUUUUGGACAUGACUGAGCCUCUUCGAUGGGCCAGAUACCACUGGCAGCGGCUGAUUGGUGGUAGAAACCGUGACGACAAUGAGAGGCCGUACAACUACUCGUCUCUGCUUACCUGUGGGUGCAAGCCCUCACAGACCCCCAGGCCGGCAGGAAAGCACCGGGUUGUUGUCCCUUGGCCCUUCAAGGAGGAGUAUGAAAAGUUCUCUGGAACCUACGUGAACAACCGAAUCCGAACAACCAAGUACACGCUACUCAAUUUUGUGCCAAGAAAUUUAUUUGAACAAUUUCACAGAGUCGCCAAUUUAUAUUUCCUGUUUCUAGUUGUUCUGAACUGGGUGCCUUUGGUGGAAGCUUUCCAAAAGGAAAUCACAAUGCUGCCUCUCAUAGUCGUCCUGACGAUUAUUGCAAUCAAAGAUGGCUUGGAAGAUUACCGAAAAUACAAAAUUGACAAACGGAUCAAUAAUUUAGUAACUAAAGUUUAUAGCCGAAAAGAAAAAAAAUAUGUCGACCGAUGCUGGAAAGACGUUACCGUCGGGGACUUCAUUCGCCUUUCCUGUAACGAGGUCAUUCCGGCAGAUCUGCUCCUACUCUUUUCCACUGAUCCAGAUGGAAUCUGUCACAUUGAGACUUCUGGGCUUGACGGAGAGAGCAAUUUAAAACAGAGGCAGGUGGUUCGGGGAUAUUCAGAGCAGGACUCUGAAGUUGAUCCUGAGAAAUUUUCCAGUAGGAUAGAAUGUGAAAGUCCAAACAAUGACCUCAAUCGAUUCCGAGGCUUUCUAGAACAUUCCAACAAAGAACGUGUGGGACUCAGUAAAGAAAAUCUCUUGCUUCGAGGCUGCACCAUCAGAAACACAGAGGCCGUGGUGGGCAUUGUGGUUUAUGCAGGCCAUGAAACCAAAGCAAUGCUGAACAACAGCGGUCCCAGGUAUAAGCGUAGUAAAUUAGAAAGAAGAGCCAAUACCGAUGUCCUCUGGUGUGUCCUACUUUUGGUUAUCAUGUGUUUAACUGGUGCACUGGGUAAUGGAAUCUGGUUGAACAGAUAUGAGAACAUUCCCUUCUUUAACAUCCCUGAGCCUGACGGUCAUGUGAUAUCACCAGUGCUGGCAGGAUUCUAUAUGUUUUGGACCAUGAUCAUUUUGUUACAGGUAUUGAUUCCCAUUUCUCUCUAUGUUUCCAUUGAAAUUGUGAAACUUGGCCAAAUAUAUUUUAUUCAAAGCGAUAUGGAUUUCUACAAUGAGAAAAUGGAUUCUUCUAUCCAGUGUCGAGCCCUGAACAUUGCUGAGGAUCUAGGACAGAUCCAGUACCUCUUUUCUGAUAAGACGGGAACUCUGACUGAGAAUAAGAUGGUCUUUCGAAGAUGCAGUGUGGGAGGUUUUGAUUACUGCCAUGAAGAAAAUGCCAAGCGGUUAGAGUCCUAUCAGGAAACUGGCUCUGAAGAUGAAGACUUGGCAGACACUUCAAGUGGCUCCUUCAGCAACGUGGGGAAACCGAAGGCUCCAAGCUGCAAAGUGGUGCAGAAUGGGCCCCUGGGAAGUAAAUCCUCAAAUUAUCUUGGUGGGAGCUGUUUUGCUCUAGGAAGUGGAGAUGGAUCCAGUGAAGUGCCACAUUCCAGACAGGCUGCUUUCAGUAGCCCCAUUGAAACUGAUGUGGUAGCAGACACCAGGCUCUUGCACAAAUUUAGUCAGAUUACACCUCAGCUCUUUACCUCAGCAGAUGGGAGUGUUCCAAACCCACCACUAGAAAUGUUGUAUAUUAUUGACUUCUUUAUUGCAUUGGCAAUUUGCAACACAGUAGUGGUUUCUGCACCUAACCAGCCACGACAGAAGGUUGGCCUCUCCUCACUGGGCGGAAUGCCCAUUAAGUCUUUGGAAGAGAUUAAGAACCUCUUCCAGAGGUUGUCUACUCGAAGGUCAAGUUCACCAUCGCUUGUCUGUGGCAAAGAGCCUUCCAUUGGGGUCCCAAACCCCUUCGUGAGCAGACUGUCCUUCUUCAGCCGGGUGAAGCUGGCUUCGCCCCUGGAAGAAGCCCCGCAGCCGAGCGGGAUCCCCGAGGAGGACUCGGCUUGCUGUCCUGCAGAGGCCGAGAACCAAGACAGUGAUGCAGGCGUCACUUCUGCCCAGGGGGAGACCGUCCCGGAGCAGCCCUGGGCCUCCGGUCUGUGUUACGAGGCUGAGAGCCCGGACGAGGCGGCCCUGGUCUAUGCCGCCAGGGCGUACCAGUGCUCUCUAAGGUCCCGGACACCAGAGCAGGUCACAGUGGACUUCGCUGCUUUGGGACCGUUAACAUUUCAACUCCUCCACAUCCUGCCUUUCGACUCAGUGAGGAAAAGAAUGUCCGUGGUGGUCCGACACCCCCUCUCCAACCAAGUUGUGGUUUAUACCAAGGGCGCGGAUUCUGUCAUCAUGGAGCUUCUCUCCGUCGCCAGUCCAGAUGGAGCAAAUCUGGAAAAACAGCAGAUGAUAAUAAGGGAGAAAACCCAGAAACACUUAGAUGACUACGCCAAACAAGGCCUACGCACUUUAUGUAUAGCGAAGAAGGUCAUGAGCGACAAUGACUAUGCAGAGUGGCUGAGGAAUCAUUUCUUGGCUGAAACCAGCAUCGACAACCGGGAAGAGCUACUACUUGAAUCUGCCAGGAGGUUGGAGAGCAAACUAACCUUACUUGGUGCCACAGGCAUUGAAGAUCGUCUGCAGGAGGGUGUCCCAGAGUCCAUAGAAGCCCUGCACAGGGCCGGCAUCAAGAUCUGGAUGCUGACAGGGGACAAGCAGGAGACGGCUGUCAACAUCGCUUACGCCUGCAAACUGCUGGAGCCAGACGACAAGCUCUUUGUCCUCAAUACCCAAAGCAAAGAUGCCUGCGAGAUGCUGAUGGGCACAAUCUUGAAGGAACUUCGGGAGAGGAAUCGAGUCUGUGCAGAGCCAGCUUCAUCCAGUGAGAAAGUGCCCCCGUCCCCGACCCUCCCGCACGCAGAACCUCGGGCUGGCCUCAUCAUCACGGGGAAGACCCUGGAGUUUGCUCUGCAGGAGGGUCUGCAGGCGCAGUUCUUGGAGCUGACGGCUUGCUGUCAGGCAGUGGUCUGCUGCCGAGCCACACCCCUGCAGAAAAGCGAGGUGGUCAAACUGGUCCGCAACCAUCUCCAAGUGAUGACCCUCGCCAUUGGUGAUGGUGCCAACGAUGUGAGCAUGAUCCAAGUUGCAGACAUCGGAAUAGGGAUCUCAGGCCAAGAAGGCAUGCAGGCUGUGAUGGCCAGUGACUUUGCUGUUUCUCAGUUUAAACAUCUCAGCAAACUGCUGCUCGUCCAUGGGCACUGGUGUUAUACACGACUCUCCAACAUGAUUCUCUACUUUUUCUAUAAAAAUGUGGCGUAUGUGAACCUCCUUUUCUGGUACCAGUUCUUUUGUGGGUUUUCAGGAACAUCCAUGACUGACUAUUGGGUUUUGAUCUUCUUCAACCUCCUUUUCACCUCUGCGCCUCCUGUCAUCUAUGGUGUUUUGGAGAAAGAUGUAUCUGCAGAGACCCUCAUGCAACUGCCUGAGCUGUACAAGAGUGGUCAGAAAUCAGAGGCAUACUCACCUCUUACCUUCUGGAUCACCUUGUUGGAUGCCUUUUAUCAGAGCCUGGUCUGCUUCUUUGUGCCUUACUUUACCUACCAGGGCUCCGACAUUGACAUCUUUACCUUUGGAAACCCCCUGAACACAGCUGCUCUGUUCAUCAUCCUGCUCCAUCUGGUCAUUGAGAGCAAGAGCUUGACUUGGAUCCAUGUGUUGGUCAUCACCGGUAGCAUCGUGUCUUACUUUUUCUUUGCCUUGGCUUUUGGAGCCAUGUGUGUUACUUGCAACCCACCAUCUAACCCCUACUGGGUUAUGCAGAAGCACAUGCUGGAUCCAAUGUUCUAUUUAGUUUGCAUCCUCACAACCUGUGUUGCUCUUCUGCCCAGGUUUAUAUACCGAGUUCUUCAGGGGUCCCUGUUUCCAACACCAAUUCUGAAGGCCCAACACUUGGACAGACUGACUCCAGAGGCAAGGAGCGAAGCAAUCAAGAAGUGGAGAGGAGUUGGAAACGUGGGUGCCGUGACCUCUACGCAUGCUGACCAGCCCCGGGUCACAUCCGAGCUAAAGCCCAUGACUGAAUCUCCUGCUACCUUUGCGAUGAUGUCAGCAACUGCCUGUGCCACUGAGAAAGGCAACAUCCCUGUCUGUGAAACGGCUCUCAACCGGGACUGCUCGUGAUCCUGACUCGCCCCUCCAAGGACUCGACUGUGCCUUUGAGUCUGGAACAGAGAAUUUGAAGAGAGGCCUCGAACAAGUCAGAAGGACUUGCAUGUUUUUCCCUGAAGGAAGGGAGGAUGACAAUUUCCUGGGCUGGGAAAAGCCCCUGUGAUGACCUUUACUGUGUGUUAGUAGCCGUGUUUGUGAAAGAUGGGAUCAUUUGACCUGGAAGAAUCUAGGGGAAUGAAAUAUUUAAUUCAGAAGCAAAUGCUUUUAUGAAACUUUUUGGAUUUUGUGAGAGCAUUUUACUUGUCUUAGAGUACAAACAUUUUUUCAAGGGGAUUUACUUGAGUUAUAUUUAUUUUACGAGGAGAUUUCCAGUUCCAGGAAAAUGCUUUAACUUGAGCAGACUUUAAUUUGAGGGAAAUUUUUUUUUUUAAUUAAGAAAGUGUUUUAUAGAAUGUUUGAGCUGAGAAAUGAUUAUUUUUUUUAAGUUAUCAAUAGUGAAUUUCCAGAGGAAAAAAGUCUUAAGAGCCUUCUAGAUAACAAUAUCUACCUACAUGAGGGUGAUAAUUAUGCUACUUAAAUGUAGUUAGUAAUUAUGAAGAGUUUUAUAUGUCCUGUGGGAAGAAGCCUUCACUCUUCUGGUGAAAGAUGGCAGGGAACUGUCUCGAUUCGUUGCCAUGUUUUUUGAGGUGGGAUCUUGGUUGUGGAAUGCAAGGAUGGUGAGCCAGGGUUCCUCCAAUGUAACUGAUUCCUCUUAGCCUCCAGGGAGGUCUCCAAGGAGGUUGGCCUCUGGGCAAUGCUGGGACUAGGAAACAGGCCUUAGGCAAAGCAGACUGGAUCCACUGAGGCUAGAGCCUACCUAAAAAUGUCCUGCCUUCUAAAACUGACAGUAGUCUGAUCAGAAUGAGAUAAUCAAUCCCCAAACAAUCUUGAGGAGACCAUUCGAGGGUUUGAUGUCUUUACAACACCCUAUAACUUCUCUGGUGUUUUACAUUCUAAAAGUGAGAUAUUAAUGAUUUGAGAUAAAUAGGAGAAUUUCUCAGUAGGAUUCCAAAAGCUUCUUAGGAGAAAAUAAGGCAUUUAAUUAAUUUUAGGACAGGGAUGCCUAUAGCAAGUUUAUGGCUAUUACAGAUCAUGUAUACUGGCUUUAGUUAAAAUAAAAUAAAUGACUUAAUACCAAGUGAGACCAGGUGCUAUUAUAAGAUCAUGUGUUCUUGUUAAGUUCUCUUAAAAUUCCAUAUUAUUCAUCUGAAAAUUAUGUGUCGGCUGUUACCCAGAAUAUUAUUCAUGAAAUCUCCAUGCUAAUGUUUCAUGUCUGUAUCAAGAUCUUAUCGACUAUUAAACUAUUAUUCUCAGGGCUUAAUUUCCCCAUUGCCUCUUGUCCCAAGCUGGAAAUUUUUGUAGUCUUCUCAUAUUAUUGCAAAUAGUCUUUUAUAGAGACCAUUAUUUCUAGAACUUUUCAAAUACCACAUAGUUAAUGGAAGUUGCUCUAUGCUUCCUUAUGAUUUUUUAAAUAAACUGUU